GGAAAUGAAGUAACAAACCGUAUAGAGAAGUGUGCAGUAGAAUUGAAGCGAAAGAGACGUGAGUCGAUCCUUCUCUCUCUCUUUCUCUCUCUCGACCUUUGGAUACUGCCCCUCGGUUCCAUUCGACCCACUCGCCUCGAAUUUUCUGUUCCUCUCCCCUCCUCUGUCGAUAGAAUCGAUCUCGUCUUCGCUCCACUUUGUCGAUCGCCGAACCAAGAACCGUCGGUUCUGCCUGGAGACCAGCGCGUUUGGGAGGAGGGCUCGGUUCGUUCCCGAUUUCGGAGGUUUGGGGGAGAACCGGGCGGUUGGAGAAUGCCUUGAUCGGGUGACGGGCUUUCUUCGUCUGAUCAGGUAUUUGGUGUUUUGAGCGCGAUUGCAGAUAGCUGCGUUUCAUAAACGGUUGCUGGGUGGGAAGCUUUUUGUUGCUAGGGGAAAGGAUGAUAGAAUGCAAUUUCUGUCACUCCAAAUUUCCGCUUCCAGCAAGUAAAACUGUGUCCAGGGCGUAUGACAACCAUAAGAGCAAGAUAUCCUCAAAACAACGAGCUCUUCAUGUUAUGCUGGUUGUUGGUGAUUGCAUCUUGGUGGGACUCCAGCCCAUCCUGGUCUAUAUGUCUAAGGUGGAUGGGAGCUUCAAAUUUAGUCCCAUCAGUGUUAAUUUUCUGACUGAGGGUACAAAAGUUCUCUUUGCCAUUAUGAUGCUGUUGUUCCAGUCUAGGCGACAAAAAGUGGGAGAAAGGCCUCUUCUCUCUGUAUCUAAUUUUGUGCAGGCAGCUCGAAACAAUAUUCUACUGGCUGUUCCUGCCUUUCUUUAUGCCAUCAACAAUUACCUGAAAUUUAUAAUGCAGUUAUACUUCAACCCUGCUACUGUUAAAAUGUUGAGCAACCUUAAGGUUUUGGUAAUUGCUGUUCUUUUAAAGACCAUAAUGAGAAGACGCUUUUCCAUUAUCCAGUGGGAGGCUCUUGCACUGCUGCUCAUUGGAAUCAGUGUUAAUCAGCUUAGAUCCUUGCCUGAGGGUACCACAGCGCUUGGUCUUCCUGUUGCAACUGGUGCAUACAUGUAUACACUGAUUUUUGUAACUGUACCUUCACUAGCCUCAGUCUAUAAUGAGUAUGCUUUAAAAAGCCAAUUUGAGACGAGCAUAUAUCUUCAGAACUUAUUUUUAUAUGGCUAUGGUGCUAUAUUUAACUUUAUAGCAAUCAUCGGUAUUGCUGUCCUCAAAGGGACAAGUAGUUUUCACAUACUUGAAGGACACUCAAAGGCCACAAUGUUUCUCAUUUGCAACAAUGCUGCACAGGGAAUACUCUCGUCCUUCUUUUUUAAAUAUGCAGACACAAUUCUGAAAAAAUAUUCAUCGACAGUUGCCACUAUCUUUACUGGCAUAGCAUCUGCUGCAUUAUUUGGUCACACUCUCACUAUGAACUUUGUAUUGGGCAUUUCAAUAGUGUUCAUAUCGAUGCACCAGUUCUUUUCUCCACUUGCAAAAGUCAAAGAUGAAACUCCAAAUGGAGAUCUAGAGAUGAGGGAUGCCCAAGAUUACAGAUCCAAGGAAACAUCUUUCAUAGAUAUGGCUGCUGGUGCAACAGAGGAUGCUAGCCACCACUCUGGACCUGAUGAGAAACAACCACUUCUCCCCACAUAAAUUUUCUUGCAAGACGUCAGAAGAAUAUUCUUUGACUGGUCACAAGAAAAAGAUAAGCCAGUCCUAACUACAAUAAAUAGAGCAGUUUGCUGCAGACUCCGACCGAACACAAGGUAUAUAGCUAGCGGCUGUAGAAGACUCGUGUUUUCAGAUUGAUGAAGAGCAUGAAAAGCCUUGAAGGUGAGUAGGGAAAACAAUAACUAUAAACCAGUUGUAAGAGAUGGUCAUACAAGAACUUGAUCUACAGAGAACUAUUUUUUUUUUAGUCUAUAGUUAUCAUUACCUGGAUAAUCAUUUUGUUAUUUCAAGAUGCAAUAGCACCAUGUUCAUGCU